GGAGGACUCUUGUUACAAAUUUCAAUUGUUGUUGCAGCUUGAAAUUAUGUAUUGAAGUUCUAUGAAAUGUAUUUGUGACUUCCUAUAACUUAGAAUAGUUUAGAAUAAAAUAUCGCUCGUUUAGAAAAAAAAACAUUUAAAAAAACGUUUGGUUUAUCGGAUGACUCGAUAGAAAUUGUUAGGUUUGAAUAGCUAAUAAAAUAUACAAAGAUACAAGAUCACAAACUUUGGCCCAAAACAAGUGCUCAUAUUUAAUAAUUCUGUAGGAAAAAAAAAAAAAAAAUCCACUAUCCCAUAAAACCAAACGACUCCAUAGGCAUUUUAUCCUCCAACCAUUUCACUGUUUCUCUCUCUUUCCUGUCUGCUUUUUUUUUUUUACAUAUCAGUAUGUCAUGAAAGAAAUGCGCAACCGAGUUUCCCUAUUUUUUCAAUGGUUUUUCUCCGAGGUUUCGGUCUGAAUCUAAUGGGCGGUGAAGAUAGGUGGCAAGGCAUCGCUCUAGCUCCAGUAAAUACAGAGAUAGAAGAGGAGCAAUGGAGGAACUUCAACAACUCAGUGAAUGCAGUUUCUUUAGGUUUUGUAGCAACUGCUAUCCUCAUCUCAAUGUUUCUCGUCAUGGCUAUUUUUGAGAGAUUUUUCAGGCCCAGAUCAUCACAGCUGACCACUUCAGCUCGGACUGCUGCUACUACUCAUUUGGAUCUUCAGGCACAGAUUACCAACAAUGAUUCCAAGCUUGAUCGCCACAACUCUCACAAAAUGAGAAAUUAUGCCAGAGAAGUGUCUGUGAUGAUGCCUGGAGAAGAUAUGCCUACCUUCAUUGCACAUCCUGCUCCUGCACCGUGCCAGCCAGAGCGCAUCGCUUGGCCUCUCCAUCAACACAAACCACGCUUCAGUUCCGUCUUCAGCUAAAUUGCAAGCCGAAGCAAGACAUGGAUACCGGCAACCAAACCUAGUUUUCGUUACUUCUUUUAGUUCCGGACAUAUGAUUGAAUUUGGGUUGGUUGACUACCACGUUAGUGUUUUGAACGUAGGAGGAAGCCAGGAACCAAACUCAUCAGCACUACAACAAUCAUAUGUAUAAAGCUUUGGCUGUCA